CCUUAUCGACAAUUGUUGAAUAUGUUUGACCGGAGUCCGUUUCGCACCGGUGGGUCACUGGGUUCCCGAGUAUCCAGCUUCACGGAGCGCCACCACCGACGAGUACAGAUGAGUCGCAACAAGUUGUACCUUUACCGCCUCAGUCGAGCCACCAGUUUGGUGCACCAACGACCGCCCCUGAUGAACGCCAAGGCGCAGUCGGGAUUCGAUGUCCUGCACGAGGAUGCCCGCAUCUUUCUGGAGCGUACCAACGCGAAUGUGCGCCUGCUACUGAAUCUGUCGAAGAUCAAGCGAACCAGAGGCACCAUUGACAUUGACGAGGGUCCACCGCUCGUUCCCAAAUCGGCUCUACCACAAAUGCGGCAUAGACUGGAUCUGGUGGAGCGUCACAACCUUUUGUUGGGUCGCCGCCUGUUGAGGAUCCAUGAGCGUGCAGCCGCCCAGCGGAAGCGGUCCAGCCGGCAAUCGCCAACGAGCAGCAUAAGGUGUCCCAGUGUGAUGACCAAUCGGUCCACUCUGGGUGAGAGUGAGGUGUUCGACAAGUACAUUGGCUGGGAUCUGGACAUGCCCGUGGGAAACUUCGAACUGAUGAGACUGCUCCGGCCCAGGAUUGUGUUGCACUUCGGCCUGAUGGACGGCCGGCCGUUGGGCCAAGUGGUGGUGCAGCUAUAUACGGAGGCGGCGCCGCUGGUGGUGCUGCAGUUCGUCCGCACUUGCCUGGCCCAGCGGUCGCAUGAGUUCGCCGUGCGCCGGAUCUUUCCACGUCUGUGGGUGGAGGGCUAUCUCCUGAGCAGCUGCAAAAACAGCGGAGGCGAAGCGUCCUCACUAAGCUAUCGCGAUCCCAUGGAGUUCGAUACGCGCGUGGUGAGUCACGCUCGCUACGGUUGCGUCUUGUCCUGCGCCAAGGAGUUCUGUGUCCACGGCUUCCCCGGCGGAGCCAUCAACUUUAGCAUCAGCUUCAAGCCCCUGCCGGUGGCCAUGGGUCAGCGCGUGGGCUUCGGUCGGGUGAUUCGCGGCGACAAGGUCAUCGUGGCCAUGGAAGCUCAUGGCACCAAGAAUGGCAAAAUCAGCCGGCCACUGCUCAUCACCCACUGCGAAAUGCUAUAGGACAUGAUGGAG